UAUUGACUUCUCUUAUUAAACCAACUCAGAAAAAGAAAACCGGGAAAAAGAAAAAAAAGCAAACGAGGAAGAAGAGGCGCUGAGAAUUUGAACUUUGUGAAUAAUCGGAGGGAGAACUGCAAAAGCAAUUUACAAAUAACAAUCGAAGUCACUACAUACCAACUGUCAACAGUCAACACCCAACGAACUGUUGUCCUCAAUCUUCAAAUUCAUGCCGCCAAUUUUCUAGGGUUUCAUUCUCCUCCCAAUUUCAAAUUUAUUUCAUCUGAUUUGGAGCUCGAAAAUCUCAGCAACAAUGGCGGCAACUACUUCAUCGCCAGUUCUCAGCAACAAUGGCUCUGAAGCGAGUGGUAACACCGGCAUUUCUUCACCUCCGCCCUCGUCGACGACACCUCCUUCCACUGUGAAAAGCCCUAGUCUUCCGACGAUAUUGCUGCAAAGGCCGGAACCGCCGAAGAAUCUCCGAGGGCUCAAUAAACCUAAGUGUAUCAAGUGUGGUAAUGUUGCUAGGUCUAGGUGUCCUUACCAAUCUUGCAAAAGUUGCUGCUCUAAAGCCCAGAAUCCUUGUCAUAUACAUGUUUUGAAGCAAAAUUCUACUCUAGCGGACAGGGGAGCUUCUUCAAACUCCACAAUACCUGAGCAGCAACCUAAUGAAGUGGCAGCCUCCGGGCCUCAGUCAAAAGCAACUUCACUUCGACAACUUUCUAGUACUUUCUCGCAGUUAAACAAUGUGCAUAUUCCGCGAUCAAGGAAGCCACUAACUAGAAAGGAGGCACUGACUGUAAAUGAAUGGAGGUUUGCCAAGUUGAAAGAAUACAAGGAGAGAAAUGUUGAAGCAGAAAAUGAAGCUUUUGAUAGAUAUAUGCAGAAUAUUGGUUUACUAGAAGAGGUUUUUGAUGUUAAUUCCGAAAGGACAGAUGAGAAUGUUUCUGGGAUGUCCAACCCUCCCACAACUUCAGGUGAGAAAAUGGAGAUUAUUUCAGAGACCAAGGUAAUGCUAAGAUCCAAUCCUGAAAGAAUUAAUACCUUCAGGAAAAGGAUUCGGCAGACAAUUGAUCAGGGAUUGAGAAAGUUUCAGACAAAUGAUUUAGUUGAUGGUCCUAGCAACCUAGAUGAUGAAGAUGAUAUGACCCCCAAAACAGCUACGAGUAUGAGGGCUGGGAAGACAUCAGCCUUGGCCGAAUUGAACUUUAAGUUGAAUAGAGCUCGAAACGAGGAGGAUUUGAAGCUCUGUGUCGAGAUGAGGUCCAAUAUUUUAGGUCAACAAAACCUAACCUUGGGGCAGAGAGCCGAGAAUGCUGAGGUUUUGGAGAAGCAAACUGUCCGGAAUCAUUUGCCUUCAACACAAGAAUCUGAUGUUUCUCUGAAACUGGUGAAAACUACUGAAAUUGAUCAGGAUUUGUUAAAUAGCAUGGAUUCUCAUUUUUCAUCCCUAGAAGAGAUAGAAGAUUUAUAGGAUUUGAGCCUUUUUUUUUUUCUCAGAUAAAGGUUGUGAAGUCUCUAGCAGUUGAUGUAAUCUUGUUGUGAUCUUAGAGUUAAUGUUACGAUUCAGCCUUACAGAGAGAAUUCACUAACCAAUAAUUGGGAUACCUGCAAUCUAUAUUAACUCAACGUUUGUUCAGUUAUAAAAAAUACACACAAAAAAAAAAUGCUAUCAAAAUUGUUAGGGGAUGG